CCUUGGUCUUGUUGUUGGACAAAUCUAGACCAGUGGGCCCUCGAGCCUGUAGUAGCAGCCGGAUCAAGCCUCAAUAUGCUAUUAUUGUCUUUUGUCGCAUGAGUCCUGUUUGAAGUCUUUCCUCGAGGCUGAACUUCCUCACGACAAAGACCACGACCCGAGUACUCCCACAAGCCUCGGACCCCGACUUCUGUUUGACUGUCGCACACAAUUUGAGGUUCUACCCGGGCGCAUAAAGGAGUCUCUGACGACCACGAUCAUGUCUGUUCAUAGUCGCUCGUCCGUUUCCAGGAGACCCGUUGGCGCUCAGGUGAAUUCGAACUCUGGACAGCCUUCUUCUCCUGUGCCAAGCCACGUAUCGAGGAGUUCUGUGUCGAGCGAUCCUAUUCCGUACGACAUCUGGGUUGGUCCCGAUAUUCCUUUUCGACCUGCUAACACCGCUGCCCCGCCAUCUGCUCCCCCAAACGACCCUUCAGUCUUGGCCCAGCAAAAUCAAUCCGUGAUGGAGAAUAUGCCUCCACCUCAAUUUAGCCAAGCCCAAACUGGAGGCGCCGAGUUCUCAAGUACCGAACCCACACAGUCUACCAAUGCAGCACCUUGGCAGCCGGCCCCCACUGAAGAAUCGUAUAUGAGCCAUUCUACCUUGGAGGUAGUCCCAGAGGCCUACUUCAACAACUUCUGGAGCCCGGAACCAAAAGUUGCUCCUGAGCCCGCACCAGGUAUCCAGGCCCAACCUCAGAUUAAACCAGUCAGCACUGGUUGGGCGGUUGCUUCGCAUGAACCUCUCCAGAACCAGUCACCAUCUCAACCUAGCCAAAACGCUCAAACCCACUCACAGAAUAACUUGUCUAGCACUGGCUGGGCAGUUGCUUCACCAGAACCUUUUCAAAGCCCAUCUUCAUCUCAACCUCCACCAAAUGUUCAAGCUCAUCCGGAAAGCACUGUAUCCAGUACGGGAUGGUCUGUUGCUUCACAGGAGCAAAGUCAAUAUCAGGCACCGUCGGUAUCUCCAACGAUUGUUCAACCUCAACCUCAAAGUCAUGUAUCUAGUACUGGUUGGGCGGUUGCGGCGGAGAAUUUCCAAAGUCAAAACCAGCAAGCAUCGCACUCUCCAACAAACGUUCAAACCCGACCGCAGAGUACCGUAUCUAGCACAGGCUGGGCCAUAGCUACCCCAGAGCCUUUUCCCAACCAAGCUUCUUCAGCUCACUAUCCACCAGCUGAAGACCUUUCUCCACUCAGCAUGCCAGGAAUGACCGCAACUGCUGUUCCACCACCUCAGUUCUCUGGUGGACGCGCACCAUCCGUAGCUUCCUCCCAUAUGACCACCCCGUCAGUAAAUGGAGUGGAACCAAUUCGACGUCAGUCUGUGGCUACACAUGCACCUUCAAGAAUGCCAUCCAACGCUCGCCCACCAGUCUUAAACUAUAAUCAACCUCGAAGCCUAGAGACAGCGUCAUUCGCAAGUGUCUGUUGUCAAUGUUCGAAUGCUAUCCUUUACAACACUUACUACUACAACUGCACUUACUGCAAGCUUGAUAUCUGCGGCACUUGUUUCCAAGCUGGAACACAUCCCUGGACUCAUCUACCAUCUAUGGUCAGACUCAAUGCCCAAGAGACCAAAGCUGGAGAUAGACGUCAAGACAAACAAUGUCAGUCUUGCAAAGCUAUGAAGCAUCGGAGAAUGGAUUGUGAUGAAUGCCCCUAUUCAAUCUGCUUGUCUUGUUACAGCAACGCCGCCGUUCCAGCUCAUCAGCACAAGUCGUUCCAGCUGAAAGCUACACCGGGUCUUACUCUUUGUGUAAGAAGAGGCGAUGGAUCGCCGUGCUGCACAAAACCUUCUUUCGGACAUUGUGGACGUUGUUAUACUCCUUGGAAGCCGGAAGAGUGGAUGGUGCAAUGCAAGACCUGUUUAUUUGAGUUCGAGGAAGUCGUGGCAUUGUGUCUUCAUUGCGACUCGGAGAUCAUGUCUGCAUGUAGACAAAGCAGACAUCAAAUGGUAUCGAUGAAGUGCCGGCAGAAAUUGAGAAGUGAACAAGGAGGGCAGACUCAUGCAUCUGUUGAAUGUACAGAAUGUGCUAUACGUAAGGGAAACCCCGAGGCUGUCGACCAACUGCUGAUCAAUCUUUAGAGUUCCAAUCCAUGACGGACAUAUCAUUUCUGAGACAUCCUCAUGCCAACUAUGACUUCCUAUUCUUCACUGAAGAUAGAGAACAACUGUUCGCCGCUGUCUACAGAAGCUGCAAGAAAAAGACCCCUAGAAAGGACACUCCUCUUCCACCUAGUGCCACUACCACUAAGUGCAGCUAUUGUCAUCACAGUAAGUGUUGUCCUAGUCUUCGU